CGCCCGUAGCUAGAUGAGCUGGCCCAGUGUACAUGCCCACCACUUCAGACAACAGCUUUGUUAAAAAAAAAAAGGCUUCACUACACGUCUUGUAGUAAGAUACGUCACCAUGCAGGAGAAAAGUAGUCCAGAAGGUCAGCAGCAGUGCUCAGAGUGUGGAUCCAGCUUCAGCCUGCCGCAGUCGGACGAAACCAAACAGACGGACGAAGCCAACAGCUCGUCCAGAUGUCCGUCUUGCCGAGUCGCCCCAGGCCUCAUCAACGGUCAGCAGGCCCAGAAGGUCAUCCGCUUGGACCCUCACAGCUGCUCUGUGUGCAACAAAACCUUCAUCUCCUCGGCCCACUUGACCGUUCACCUGGCCUCCCACAACAAGGAGAGGAGGUUCAGGUGCAACACGUGUGGGAAGUACUUCCACCAGCCCUCCCACCUUGUUGCCCAUGAGGCCAUCCACAGCGGCGACAGGCCCUUUAAGUGCCCCGAGUGCGGCAAGGCGUUCGGCCGGGCCUCGCAUCUUAAGACGCACCGGCGGCUCCACACGGGCGAGAAGCCCUACAAGUGUUCUUGCUGCGAUAAGGCCUUCGCGCAGAAGUCGGGGCUCCUCUCGCACGUCCGCCUUCACACCGGCGAGCGUGUCUACAGGUGUGAGGAAUGCGGCGCCGCUUUCAGCUCUCUGCCACUUCUGCUCUCGCACAAGGCCGAGGAGGCCACUCGGCAGGGAAAACCGCCGCACGCGCCUCGUCCUGACGGCACUGCCAGCGAUAUUAAGUGCGGCGUCUGCUGCCGCACCUUCAUACGCUCCUCCUACAUCAGACUGCAGGUGCACCUGGAGAAGGGGCUGCGGCCUUACCACUGCAAAGUGUGCAACAAGACCUUCAUCAAGAUGGAUACCUUCAUCACCCACUGUGAUAAACACCUGAAGCAGAAAGGGGAAAAGAGCGAUGAAGAGAGCGUGGUGAAACCUCCAAUGUUCAUCCCACUGUCCAAGCCCACGCCGCCGGAGGCCGCUGAGCCUUUGUCUUCCACUGACGUCACUACACGCUCCAAGGCCAAAUCCAAAAGCUAAACAUGAUCAAGAUGCUCAAAAGUGUGUAAAGUUGGGCAUACUGUACACUACGGUUUUUUCAAGUGAUUUUAUUUUGAAUUCCAACUCUGCUCAAAUAUGCUGUUCUCUGCUGUUCCCCUGGAGUCCUGCAGGUGUCAUUAGCACCUGUUUCAAACUUUUUUCAGCUGUCAAAAGUUCUCAAGAAGAAGCCAUCUACGCUAGCUAUGAAUUGUAUCCCUCACACUGAAAACGGCAAAGCCGGUGGGUUUCCUGUUUUAUGUCCAAACCAUUAAGAUGUCCUCAGAGGUCAUUCAGUCACACAUUUGGCAUUCAUAAUUAACAUCAUCUGCCUCCCCAGAAAUGGUUUAUUUGUUUCAGACAUGUUCAACAAGUGUACAGUAAGGCAUUAUUGUAUGUCGUACCAACGUUUUCCACAUGUUGACACAAGAUUUCGUUUGCUUACAUUUUGUCAAAUGUAAAUGUUUACAUUUUGUUCACUUCCUGUGUAAAGAAAAAUGGCAGUAAGCAAAUAGGUGUUAAAAAAACGACCCUAUGUAGCUUGUGCAGUGUUAGGAAAAGGAAGGAUUAAAUGAAAAAAACAAAAUUAAGAAAAGUCAAGCAAGGGCAUUAAGGAGGAGCAUGUAAGUGCUGGACGAAAUCCAGUUUGUAUUUUUUGGGGUAUAAAAUUAAGUAAUAACUUAUUGAUGAUGAUCUCUGAAUGAGCUGUAUUGCUUUAUACUGUUGAAUCUGGCAUCAUUUAUGUCGUUAUUGAAUUGUUCAUGUGGAUUGUCCUUCCUUGUACUUCCUGCUGCAUCGUGUUACCGAGUUGUCUUUUUAUCCUUGUUGUCGAGAUGAUGUCAUAUUUAAUAUUUGGCCAGUUCCUUGACAUCCUGAACAAGUACUUUGGAUUCCUCCGGCCCUCCAAUCAACUUGAUGUAUGUUUUGCAGUUAGCACUCCAAGUGCCUUCAGUUUCCCCUGCUUCCUUAAGUUGUUUGCUUUCUUGGCAAUGUCAGUGUUGGGUUUUGUCAGAUGCUUUUAUGAAAAUUUUGUUUCCGCUGUAAACAAGCCGAUCUUUCAAAACUACUUGUACCUGCAUUUUACGUACCAGUGAUUACUAAUUAAUGGCGUACAGUACGGUACAGAAAGAGGCAGCCGCAUACGUCUGAGCACCGUUGGUAAUGUGAUUUUAGCCUCCUGUUCAUCCAUUUUGCACGGUUGCAGUGAGGGAAGAAAGGCAGAGAUGGGAAAAUGCAGGUGGAACUUUGCAAGAUGACUGCUUUACAAAGGGUCUUGCCACUUGUCAUCUCCAGCUAAAAUGACUUAACUGUAUAUCAGAGGUGUCCAAAGUGCGGCCCGCAGCACAUUCUAAAAAUGUAAUUUAACAAGGAAACGCACAAAAAAGAAACAGCAGCAGCAAAAAUGAGAAAAUCAAUCAAAAGUCUGAAUAUUAACAGAAGAGUUGCAAUCUAGCAAGCAAAAAAAGCCAUAAUUUUACAAGAAUAAAAUAAUAGUAUGAGGAAAAAUGUCAUUUUAGUUGCAUGAAGUUGAUAUAUUAAAAGUCAUUUUUGGAAACUUAGGGGAAAAUUUAUAAUGUAGGAAUAAAUUGAAAAUAUUAGGAGGAGAAAAUAUAUAAGAAGAAAGGAAAAUUAUACAAAAAAAAAAAUCAACAUCAGAAAUGGAAAACUAAGAGAAAUUUUAGUCAAAAUAUUUAGAGAAAAAUUUGUUUUCUAAUGAGAAAAAGUUGCAAUUUUACGAGAAACUGGUAAUAUGAGGAAAAAUACCAUUUUAGGAACAAUGUUGAAAUAAAAAAUACAUUAUUUUUUUAAAAGAUAAAAAAUAUUAUGGGAAUAAAUUUAGAAUUACAAGAAGAAAAUUUACAAGAGGAAAGCUGAAAUGAAAUCGUUGGAAAAUAAUAAAACAGCUGUAAUAUUUCGGGAAUAAAGUCAUAAUCGAAUGAAGAACAAAAGUCAUAAUUUUACAAGAAUAAGCUUGUAUUAUUAUGGAAAAAACGUCAUUUUUAGUAGGAUCUCACCUACUGUAUACUACAAAGGUGAAAGGCAGCUUUUCUUGAGCUACAGUACAUAUAGCUUCUUAGCAUAUCUCUACAGUAUGUGUUGGUUGGCAAAGUAUCAAAGUGGCCCCUGCAUCCUUUCAUUUUUCAGGAUGUGGCCCUCGCUGGGAAGAGUUUGGACACCCCUGCUGUAUAUCGUACUGUAUAAGGAAACCAAGUAGCAACACGGUAAAGUAUAAGCAUUCUGAUCUGAGCAUUAUUAGCUUUGGAAAGGCUGGCUUGAUUAUAUUCAGCCUAAAAAAAUGCUGGGUCUUCUCGUGUCCAGUACUGGCCAGUGUUAUGGAGGUUUGAUCCAAAUGUCCCUAUGUGAACAAAAGACUUGUGAAAUAAAGUGUGCAAUUUUGUGUAAAUAAUACAUGUGAAAUAAACGUAAAUACAACCAAACCCUUCUUUUGUAAGCCUUUAAAGGCUGGUGUCUAUGUAACGCCACAGUUGUCUAAAAAGUGUUCUGCAAAUUGAGCAUUUCGUUUUCAGUGAAGCGACUGUUUUCUACGUCCCAGCAAUCCUUUUUUUCCACUACUGCUACUUUGGUCAUCAAAGGGUGAGUCGUUUUUUUUUUUUUUUUUUACAUUUGUAUUUUAUACUUGUAUUAUGAAGUUAUAUGUACAUAUCCACAGUAUAUUCAUUUUCACUGGGCCUGUUUAAGGUGUCAGGUGACCUGGUGUCUAUCCCGGUCAGUGACGUGCAGUUACUCGAGUCGAAUCAGAGCGCCUACCAGCUUUUGUUUGUCAGCAUGUCACCAAUAAAACAAUGUUGCACAAACAUUUCUUACACACCCUGACUUUCUCCAGCUCGUGUAAUGUCUUUCAUGUAAGGGUGACAUCAUUAUUCUUGCUACUCAGACGAUAAAAUACAUAGAAAUGUCAUAU